GCUUCGAUAAAACUUCCGCCGGACGCCCAGACCCGAACCCGACGAGGUGCUCUGGUCGCCAGCUCGGAUUGGCCGCUCUGCCUCCUCAUCCUCCUUCCAGUCCUCCGCCCUCGGUUCUCGCGCCGCGGCGUCCCCUGCUCCCUCGAUUCAAAAUUCUGAAUCUUUUCCCGUCUCAAUUCCGUUCCGUCGUCGUCUCGCUCUCGUCCCUGCAGUUCUUGACUUCGAGUUACAUUACAUACAGCAUCAAAGGACUUCAGCUUCUCUGAGCUGGAUUGUGUGGACAUCCCCAUCCAGGACAUCUCACCUCACCGGCCUUGAUUCCAGCAGCUCCCCGACCUUCCUUUCCUUCCCCUCAGUUCUUGGAGCCCAGCUCCGCGAAAUCCACCCAAAAUUCUAGCUAUUCCUUCUCCUUCUCCAAGGUUGCUGCGCUCGCCGGAUUCAAGCCCCGAUUCCUUCCGGUCCUCUCCAGGCGGAGCGGCGGCUCGCAUUGCGCUGAUGGCGGGGCUCGCCGCGGCGCUGCUGGUGGCGCUGUGCUGGGCGGCGGCGCCGGGGGCGGCGGCGCUGGGGAUGAACUGGGGCACGCAGGCGUCGCACCCGCUGCCGCCCAAGGCGGUGGUGCAGGUGCUCCGGGACAACGGCAUCAAGAAGGUGAAGCUCUUCGACACCGACUUCGCCGCCAUGAGCGCGCUCGCCGGCAGCGGCAUCGAGGUCAUGGCCGCCAUCCCCAACAUCAUGCUCGCCGACCUCGCCGCCGACGCCGGCAAGGCCAAGGACUGGGUCAAGCGCAACGUCAAGCGCUACGACUUCGACGGCGGCGUUACCAUCAAGUACGUGGCUGUUGGCAAUGAGCCGUUCUUGGCGUCAUACAACGGCUCGUUCAUCAAAGUCACCUUCCCGGCGCUUCAGAACAUCCAGAACGCGCUCAACGACGCCGGCGUCGGCGACAGGAUCAAAGCCACCGUCCCGCUAAACGCCGGCGUGUACAACUCCCCGGCCAGUAACCCGGUGCCGUCGGCGGGCCGGUUCCGCACCGACAUCUCGGGCCUCAUGACGGACAUCGUCAAGUUCCUGGCCAAGAACAACGCGCCCUUCACCGUCAACAUCUACCCGUUCCUCAGCCUGUACCAAAACGACAACUUCCCGCUCGACUACGCCUUCUUCGACGGCGGCGCGACGCCGGUGAACGACAACGGCGUGCUGUACACCAACGUGUUCGACGCCAACUUCGACACGCUGGUGGCGGCGCUCAAGGCCGUCGGGAACGGCGACAUGCCCAUCAUCGUCGGCGAGGUCGGCUGGCCCACCGACGGCGACAAGCACGCCAAGGCGUCCUACGCGGGGCGCUUCUACGCCGGGCUGCUCAAGCGGCUGGCCGCGAACACGGGCACGCCGGCGCGGCUGAACCAGUACAUCGAGGUCUACCUGUUCGGGCUCGUCGACGAGGACGCGAAGAGCGUGGCGCCGGGCAACUUCGAGCGGCACUGGGGCAUCCUCCGGUACGACGGGCAGCCCAAGUACCCGAUGGACCUCGCCGGGCAGGGCCGGAACACGAUGCUGGUGCCGGCGAAGGGGAUCAAGUACCUGCCCAAGACAUGGUGCGCGCUGAACCCCAACGCCAGGGACCUCGGCAAGCUCGGCGCCAACAUCGACUACGCGUGCACGUUCGCCGACUGCACGCCGCUGGGCUACGGCUCGACGUGCAACGGCAUGGACACCGCCGGCAACGCCUCGUACGCGUUCAACGCCUACUACCAGGUGCAGAACCAGAAGGACGACGCCUGCGACUUCCAGGGCCUCGCGCUGCCCACCGAGAAGGACCCGUCCACGGCGACCUGCAACUUCACCAUACAGAUCCAGGCCGGGGCAGCAGCCGCGGAGGCGCUGCGCGGCCGGAGCGCCGGCGCGGCGGCCGGGGUGCUCUUGGCGUUGCUGCAGCUCCUGGCGCUGUGGUAGUGCUAGUAGCUGCCGCUGCCGCGAGCAGUGGUAGUUUUGUGAUUACGUGCCCGGUUGUUUUUGUUGCAAUUUCUUUUUUAUGUCUUUUGGACUGGAUUUAGAUGCAUGUAUUCUAGGAUGCAAUGGAUGUGGUUAAUUGAUUGGGUGUUUUCACCGGCUGUUCAAAAAUUAUUAUUUUUUUGAA